AUGGUGCUGCCGGGACCGGGGCGGCGGCGGCGGCUGCUGCUGCUCUUAACUUUUCUCGUCCUUUCCUCGGAGAGCGGUUGGGCUCGAGCGGCCGAUUCAUCCUAUGCAUCUGAAAUUUACACUCAAACUCCUCAAAAACUCUCCUUGUAUAGCUGGUAUGGAAAUGUGCGUCUCUUCCUUUUCCGAGUACCUGAAGACACUGUGCUGAUGCGGUUGCUUUUGAUGGCAGCUAAAGGAUCGGGACAACUGUGCCACGAUGUUAACAUUACUGUCCACAUUCGGGCAGGAGCCCCUCCUGUAAUCAAUCCUUUACAAACAAAGUUUGAAGCCAACACAGUUGCUGUUCCAGCUCACAGCUUCACGAUGGAAUUGGCGUCCAUUCGUCAGAGUCUUUCCCUUAUGAAUAUUUCCAACCCCAUUUCGGGUGAAUGGUAUGUAGCUGCACACCUUCCGAAAGAUAUUGGAAAAAUUGAAUUAAAGGGAUUCGUAGACAAGUGCUUCUAUUUGUUUCAGCCUCAGAUGUAUGUGAGAAGAUUGGUUAAUGUGCCUAUACUUCAACCAAGAACUCCACUUAGGCAGAAAGUUUCUCCAACUGAUAUGACUGCACACUUCAAAAUCUUUAUCCCUGAAUAUACCAUGCAACUGGUCAUUCAGCUUAGAAACUGCACUAGCAACAAUCCAGCAGAAAAGGGUUGCCCUGUUAAUUUAUUGAUAGGUUCUGAAUCAUUGCCUGUCUCCCAUCUGGUAACUAUAAACUGUAAUGAAAGUAAAAUAUGCACUCAAGUACUGAAUUCACCGCCAUGGAUGAAACGGAUCCAAGUUGCUGUUAAAAGUAGGAAUGCCAACGAAAUCACCUCUUUUGAAAUUGAAAGUAGCUUAACAGUAUGCACACCUGCCCCUGCUGGAAUCUCACGCACAAUGCUUAAUAACUUCACUCUGCUCGCCAAUAUUACUCAAUUUUUAAAUGGAAAGGGAGUGAGCAUGAAGGAACAUGGAAUUAAUUUGCUGAACAAUGGGAAGUCAUGUUUUCGUAAUCAUCCCAUCAUUCGAGAUGCCAUGGAUAUCGCUUCUGUGAGAUUUCUUCUUCUGCUGGGACCAAAUGUGACUGUCACCUCUGAAUCCCCUGCAGUACUUAUUCUAAACUUAAAUACAGGAAGGGACAAUGGCGGGAGCAUCAUAGUCGAUUUAGCUCUAAAUAAGAGUUUCCUGCCCAAUAAGAAUGCAACUGUGUUUGCCUGUUUAAGUGCUGGGUCUCCUGCGAUGUCCCUAAAUAUCACUUCAAUGACUUGCCACUCAGAUUUUUCCCUGGGAUAUCUGAUUAAAAUGAAUUCCACAGUUCGGAGAGCAGCUCUUCGUGUUCCCUAUCCAGAGACUGACCGUUGGUUUCUCACCUUACAAGCCCGAUGCCCAAAUCCUGAAAGUGACACAUGUGGAAAAGUUACCUCAUUGGUAACCGUAUCAACUGUCCUGAGCCCUUGUAUCGGGGAUUGUGGCACCUAUGGAGAGUGCAGGCUUUUGCGAGCCCAAGGAUACCUUUACGCUGCAUGUUCUUGCAAAGCAGGCUGGGAUGGAUGGAGCUGUACAGAUGAUACCAAUGCCCAAUCUUAUAAAAUCCAACUGCUGGCCACACUCUUGUUAACCCUCAGUAAUCUCAUGUUUCUCCCACCGAUUGCAAUUGCUAUACAUCGCUAUUACUUUGUGGAGGCUUCAGUAUAUAUCUUCAACAUGUUUUUCUCAACGUUUUAUCAUGCGUGUGACCAGCCAGGAAUUGCCGUUAUGUGCAUUAUGGACUAUGAUACACUUCAGUACUGUGAUUUCCUGGGCUCAGUUCUGUCUGUGUGGGUUACAAUUCUGUGUAUGGCGAAGUUAAAGCCCAUCUUUAAAUAUACGCUCUUUGUUCUCGGCUCCUUGUUCAUUGCCAUGUCAGUGCAGCUUGAUCGCCGAGGCCUUUGGAAUUUGUUGGCACCUUGCCUUAUUGCUCUAUCUAUCAUGGGAACCGCAUGGGUAUAUCGUUCUGUAAAGCGCCGGCACUGCUAUCCGCCAACAUGGAAGCGUUGGGUAUUUUUUAUAUUGCCAGGAGUAAUUGCAGCAUUGGUUGCCAUUAUUGUGUAUGCAUUACUGGAGACUAAAGAGAACUACUUUUAUACCCAUAGCAUUUGGCAUAUUCUCGUAGCUGGAAGCGUUGUUUUCUUCUUGCCUCCAGGUGAAAAGCAUGUGAAUGGUUGGAUCUGGACACAGAAAUUUUGUGGGUACCAGCUUUGCUCUGAUGUAAAGGGAGAAGACGUUCACAUUAUUAAUUAAACUAAGGCGUUUUUUAUGGUUUAUAAAUUCAUCAAAAUAUACUGAUGUACAGGUUUUUUUGGAAAGAAAAUCUGGGCAUAUGCUCCUUGGAGGAAUGUAUUCUUGAAUUUUUUGGUAGUGUUUUAAUACCAUUGGUAAUACAAAAGGUGACCAAAUGUACUGUUUUAAGCACCUUAUGUAAUAGAUGACUAUCAGAUGAUAUCACUGGAAUUUGCUGAUGACAAUUUUUUAAAUCAUACGAGAAUUCAGAUUUUGAUACAUAAUUCAAUGGUUUAAAUUGACUUUAUAAAAUAAUUAUAACUCUUUAUAAGUUGAUCUAUAAUUAUUUUGAAUCCUAUUGCAAUAAUUCCCAAUUUGAUCUCAAUUUAUUUUCUUUAAAACUUUUUCUUAUUAUUUGAAUGGAGGUUUUACAAAAUUCAUCCAAUUUCUUGAGUAGGGAAACAAUGCAAGUUGCAUUUCAAAUUACGAGGUACCUACCUAUUGAACUGCGUAAUUUUGAUGCGGCAUAUUUGAGUGUGGCAAUUACCUCUGGAAAGGGCUCAGGAAUACAUGGUUGAACAUGUUGUAUAGUUCCUAUGGGUAUUCAGGCAGCUAGUGAGUAUUGUAUUCAUGGAGAGGUUAGUCUCAGACCAUCUAAGGUUGUGGAGAGAGUUUGGUUGCUUGCCAUUGGUCUGUUGGAAGAGGGCUCCAAUCUCGUGGUGUAUUCUUAUCUCCAAACAGAAUCCAAGUAGAGGACUAGGUUCUUUUUUACAUUGCAAUCAACAGCUGUAACUUCAUAAUAGUAUUGCUCAUGAUAAAGUCCUCAUGACGUGAUCACUUAUGCAUUGACCCUAUACUCGAAAUUAUUGGCAUGUGAAUGUCUGAAGACAGGAUCAGGCCACUAAAUAGCCUGUUGAACUGUAUUAUUUAAACUCACUUCACUCAACUCAUGUUUCAGGAGGAAUAAUAGUAUGUAUCUUUUCUAUCCGACAUGACAUGUAGUGCAGAACAAUAAUAGAGGAAUGCAUUGUAAAUAAUAUAAUGUAGUACUUGCAUUUUUAAUAGAACACGUUUGUUUUACAGAUGUGGGUUACAAAAAUGGAUUAAAAUGUUAAAAACUGGUCACUUAAAAUUAUGCCGUCCCAAUCUCAAGAACCCCAAAGAAAUUCUUGUUUUUCCUUGUUUUACGUAUGUAAGAACACAUCCUAAUUGACUUUUCUGUAUUUGAAAGUUCAUGUUAGUUGUCCUUCGUAGACUAUUAUUUCACUAGUUUGAAGUAGAGCUUUCAUUUACUUAAACGUCCUUGCACAUAAAUAUGCACUUUUCGCUGUCUUAGAAGAACUGCACGAAUCUUCUAUAAACUUGUACUGAGUAUUAAAAAGAUGCGUUAAAUAAGUUUGUUUUAAGUAGCAUUAUUUUGAUUAAAUUAGGAUCAUUCACUCCCAUUGUCACAGAGCAGCUAGAGUGUGCCCACUUUGGCUGGUCUCAUUUACAUUUUUAAAUACUUACAAUCUAUUUACCUGCAGUUUCAAUCACCAGCUGUUCUAGGUGGUUUGGGUACGCCAGAUGAUUGUCUGUUUUUCCUCCCACAUUGAAAUUAGGAAUGAUUCAGAAACCAAAACCACUUUUUGUUGCACUUUGAUUUCUUUAUUGCAAUAACUGAAAUCCUUUCACUGCUAGUUGUGAACUGGUAAGUCUUUCAAGACUACAAGAUUUGAAUAUUGUAAGUGGUUGCUGUUUAUACGUGAAAAUUUGUUUUGAAAUUAUUCGAUUCAUUCUACUGUCCAAAUGUGUUUCAAAACGAGCAUGGUUAUCUUAAACUGGUAUUGCUCGUUUACUUUGUUCAUUUUGGUUUUUUUUCCCCCAGCCCAGUUUACUUGCCGUCCUCCUUUCCUUACGGUAUAGGGACUAUAUAUCUCCAAACCCCCAAUAUUUGUCCAGGUGGCUUUUUUUCCCUAUUUGUGAGCCCUGCUCAUGAGUGUCAAGCACUUAAUCGAGUGCUUGUGGGGAGCAUUGCAUGUACAUAUUCAAGAAGGGGUUGUUAGAUUGUGAUCAGGAGUAAGAAUGUUGCUUGUUUUUUCUUAAUCCCUAAGAGAAGGGACAUUCAGGCUAAUUGUAGCCUCCAGCUGCUGCAGUUGUGGAUGGAAACAACUAAUGUGGCAAAGGCUUGGACUUAUUUUGCUUUCAAAGAGCCAAGUACAUUAAAAGCAUAUGUACUUGGCAUGAGACAAACGGCACACAAAUUUAUGUUGCUGGUUACAACACUUUUGUUUAAUGGGAAUGUGUCCUACAACUUCAAUAUUGUUUUGAAAAAGCACAGCAAGCUACUUUUAAUUACAACCUGAUUAUUAUUAAUAAUAAUAAUAAUCCUUGCUGUACCUAAACAGUACUUUUAAUUACAACCUGUUUAAGGCAUCUCAUUCCUAGAUCUUGAUUUGCAGCCUUGCAUCAGACCUAGGUGAGCCGAGCUCCAGCUUUCAAACUUUAUAGGCUUCAAAGUGCAAAUGUAAUGCAGUGGGUAUUCUGGAUCUUAAGAAUGACUGACUUAAGAUUUUUGUGUGUUCCCGAUUUUUGUUUGCCGGAGGAGAAAGGAGAAAUUUUUAAGUAGAUGCAAAGUGCUCCUAGUGGGGUUGGCAAAGACUGGAGCAGAUAUUACCCUGCCCAGUUGUAGUGGCUAGUUCCAGAGUACAGCCAUUGGAACCUACGACUGCGAUUGCUUUUGAAGAGCCUAAAUGAUUACUAACUUUCACAGAAAGGAACAUGAUCUUUUCUUUUUUGAAAUACAAUGUGUAUACAUUUUCUUCCACAAUAUCUACCGAAGCUUAUUGGACUGGGUAAUUGGACCUGAGAAUAUUUUUGGAGAUAGUUUUCAAAAUUACAUUUUGAAACACUUACCAUGUUGUAUUCUACAUUCUAGUAAUUAAUGUUGGGUAAAUGCCUUUAUUUAAAAAACAAUUUUGAGUGGCUUUGUUAAUCGUCUAUUAAUGCGUGUUAGAAUUAGCAAGCUAAUUAUCAGGAAAUUAAGACAUGGUUGCAGUAAGUACGUAUGAAUCAGUGGUAAAUAGAUUACAGGAGUCAUUGUUUUUUAUUGGCACUAAUGUUGCAUGAAAAUUUCAAAGUAACAGUAAAUUCUGUUGCUUAGAAAUAAACUCAGGUCACUGUAUAUUUUCAGCCUUUCACAAAUUAAUUUUCUUGUAUGUACGAGUAUAUAAUGCAAAAAUGCCAAAUCACAAUUAAAGAUCUCUGAAUUUAUUCUGGUUAAAUGGCACUUUUGUGUUUAUUGAAUAAAGAAAUUGCAUAAUGUAUCUUUUGCAGUGCACUUCUAGGUUACCUUUCACGGGUGUUGAUAUAUGGGUGAUUACUUUAAUUUCAUUUUGACUUGUAUAAAAAUUGAUUGAUGAUGAAAGCGUUGUAUAUUUUAUAAAAUGAAAUGCCGACUGUAAUGAAUAAAUCCUAUUUUGAA